AUGCGGCUGGUCCGUAGUCAAUGGGUUCACGAAUAUGAUCCCACUAUCGAGGAUUCCUACACCGUCACCCGCCAUGUCGAUGGCCACCCCUACGUCCUUUCCAUCACCGAUACUGCUGGCCAGGAGGAGUACCGUGGGGUCUGGAGUGCCUCGACCUUGAACUCAGAUGCCUUUCUCCUGGUUUACGAUAUCACCAACCCCUCGAGUCUUGAAACGCUAGAUCAUUUCAUGGACAUGGUCCAUAUGGAAGCGGAACAACGUGUCGAGAAUAACGAACGACUGCACCAGAUAGGAAAUCAGACUAGGAAGGUAGAUGUAGGUCAACUUGAGCGGCCAGUUAAAAUCGUUGCGGGCAACAAAUGCGAUCUCAAGGAUGAUCGCGCGGUGACCUCCCGGGACGGACUUGAAUAUGCCCGCAAACACGGCUGCGGCUUUAUGGAGACCAGUGCUCGCGAGACGGUCAACAUCGAGGAGACCUUUACUCAUUUAGUCCGUCGCGUGGUCGAAGCUCGACUCCAACGCCAAUCGGGCGCACUUGCUCCCCAGUGCGAGUUGUCGCAUCCUCUCCCAACCACUGUAGACGCAAGUGCAGGCACCCGACCCCGACGUCGCGCGUGGGAGUUUCUUCAACACCGGAAGACAACGGAACCAAAUGCUCAGGACCAGGAACAAAGUGCACUCCAACCCGACAAACAUGGUCACAAGUGCUAUCGAGGCGGUCAGCUCUGGUGCUUUCACUGCUCUGGAUGA